UGUAGGCGGGUCCGGGUUUCUGGGAGCCUUAGCUGAAGAACCGUCUCGUUCCGCUGGACCCCCGAGCCUCGCCCGCCCUACAUCCCGAGUCCCACCACCUUCGCCCUCAUGUCAGGUGAUGCUGGACAGCACCCAGGGCUCCCCGAGAAGGGAAACCAUGCUAGGACUUCCUGAGGUAAUGGAGAAAAAACCCAUAAUGGAUAAUCCCAAACCUCUUCCUGUUCCCCUUCAGAAUGAAUUCAUCCCUGAGGAAGUUCUUCUUUCUCUAAACUAUGCAGCCAAUGCUGGUCCCUGUCCUGAAAACUUAUUGCCUCCUAAGAAAGUUAAAGCCCUGAAGGGUACCCUUCCCCGAGUUGCAGACCAUGUCUGGCAUCACCCUAUUCGAAGGAAUAAAUUCAAAUACCUCAUUGAUCAUCCUGUCUCCCUAACAGGAGCUGGAAGGGAUAUUUCUUUUCUGUAUGAUGUUAAAUACAUAAAAGGAAUUGCUCAGGAGAAGAAUCUCUGUCCCCCAGUUACAGGUCGGUCAUUACAGUCACAGGAUGGUGCCAUUGUACCUCACAAGCCAAAGACAUUAACAGAUACUUUGGUCCCUGAAGAAUUUCAUAUUGUAUCAAAUACAGGAGUAUCCGGUUUGGAGUGUUAUGAUGAUAAAUACACUACUCUCCUCACAGAUAGUGAAAACAGGCUGUUGCUCUUCCCAUCCAUGAAACCUAAUAAAAGGGUAGACGUGAUCCAGCUGAAUGAUGUGAUGGAUUCAAUGCUGGAGAGGGCUGGAAUAGAAAAUCAGGACUAUGUAGGACCAACCAAGAUGCACCAGCUGCUACACAUGCUGAAGACAGAACAGACCAUUUACAACACAGUAUUUCAUGAAGUGAUUCGACAGGUCAGUGUGGACUGUGUAGACAGAGGAGAGCUACUGUCCAAAAUCAGAGAGAAGUACGUGCAAAUGCUUGACCAAAUCACGCAGCAGAUGAUUGACUUCUACAAAGACUUGGUGACCCAGCGAAUGAUGGAUCAACGCAUUUUAGAAGAACUAUAUAAUUUCAAGAAUGUUAUUGAGAAAAUGACAAGGGAACUUUGUCUGGUUCGGGCACAUGAUAAGCAAUUAACGAGGGAAGCAGAGAAAGUCCACAAAGAUUUGGCAGAAGCUCUUUUAGAAGCUGAAAAGAAUGCCAAAAUUUUGGAAGAAUAUCAUGACUUAUAUACAUUACAAAGAGGAAGGAUGGAGAAUGACGUUAAACAGCUAAGGAGAGAGAGAGAAAUUUGGAGCUCAGCCACAUAUGAUUUGGCCCUAAAGGUAAUUGAAAGAAAUAGAGUCAUACUGGCUAAAAAACUCUUCCUCAAUGAAAAAGGCUGGGCUAAAUAUGCUAAGCAUUUCAUCAUAAUGCUGUCAACUAAGGACACUGCAGACUUAGAAAUGCUUCAGAAGUUGACAGGAAAAUGGAAAAAAUUAUUGAACAGAUUUAAAGAGGAGGUAGAACACACUGAAGAGUCUACAAAGGAGAGAUCGCAAACUGCGAAGGCUGGCCUUGUCAAAUGGCAGCAGUACUUCAAGAACUGCAUUGGAAAAGACAGUUUAACCUUUAACAAGGCAAAAGUGGCCACUGUAGCUCUUGCUGACCUCAAGAACUUACAAAGGUUGCUGAGUGAAGAGAAAGAGAAGUUUACAGGGGAUUUUCUAUUGUCAAAAUACGAUACUCUCAAGAUUAUUAAACAUUUACAGGAAACCUGGUCAGAAAUUGGGUAUGCGAUCUUAAAUCGUCAUAAAAGUAUGGACGGGCUGUUACCACCCCAGCACGAAUACAUGGAGGAAAUAGCAAAAGCCAUAAACAAACUCUACAAAGAAUAUGAAAUAAGAAUAAAUGGUGACAACGGUAUUUCUAAAGUUCUUCCAAAUUUGAUUAUUUCUCUUCACAUGUGUGCUUUCAAAUUUGAAAACCUCCCAGAGGAUACUAGUAUGUCUCUUAAAGACUGGAAUGAAAUUGAUGAAAAAAUCAAUGAAAUGAAAUAUCAAUUGGACACAUUGUUAAACAUUAUUCAUACCGUUCCACAGUACAUGGACAUGGAUUCUGGCUUGUCACUUCAAGAACAUAUAUUUGACAUGAUUCAACAAUGGCUUUUGAAACUAGAUAAUGAAAUCAACACUGGUGGCAUUGAACUUUUUCACCAUAUGGAUGAAUUGCAUAUAUCUAUGAUCCAGUGGAUAGUAAAUUUGCUGAUCAUAAUGAUUCCUGACUUUACUCACCAAGACACUCUCCCAAAAGACACUCUCCCAAAGCCGAAGGAGGAAGAUACAGAGAACUCUGAGGAAGGCGCUGAAAAUGCUGAUGACCACGAACUAGGAAUUGCAGAAUUAGAGCUAAAUGCAGUCUCGCUGGCCAAAAGGCUGGCCCAGUACACCAGCUAUUUGAACAGUUGCUGCAUAGGGAUGGUAAGAGCAUUGGCUUUGACUAAAACAACUCACUUACAAAAAAACCCUGCUAAGGACCUUCAGGACCUGGAGAGGUUGAAGAGAGAAUGUUAUGAUUGGAUCAACACAUGUUCUCAUCUCCUUUCUAACAUCAAAAGCAGAAAAAUAGGAUUACUGACAUACGAGGAAGUGGAGCAGCUGCUUGGGGAGGAGGAAGCUGCAAAAGUCUAUCAUGAUCCCGAAAAGCCUUUUAUAGAGGAUACUGACAAAGAAGAUAUUGAGAUUGAGAAGCUUGAGAAGAAAAAGGAAGAAGAGGAAUCACAACAGGAACCUUCAACAUCUACAGACAGUGAAAAAGUUGUUUGGUACAUCGGGAAAGAUGAAAAUAUUCAUUCCAAGCCUCUGUUUGAAGUAGAUAUAUUUUCUUCCUGGAGAGAAGCAUCUGGCCAAAAUGUAUUGGAAUCAAAGUAUCUUGAAGUAAUGGCUGUAAUUGAACAUUUGCAGGGGAAGUUGAUGGAGAUUGAAAACAGAACCAUACACGCAGAGGAAAAGUUUGAUGAGUUAAAUGAGAAGCUCCAUUAUACAUUGAUAAAAAACAGAGACUUGGAGAAGGAAUUAGAGGAAAUUGUCAAGAAACCCAGAAGGGAAUCACAAAUAAAGGUAAAAAAUGUGAAGGAAGAGGAGGAGGAAGAGGAGGAAAAAGAUGAGGAAUUCGAACAAAAAGAGAACCAAGAGGAAGAAUGGAAACCCAAACGACUGAAAAAGCCAAAACGUGUAAAGAAAGAAGCACAGUCCAAGGAUGAUUCUAGCAGCGGUAAACCUGGAACCCAUACUAAAUCCAAGAGCAAAACCAAGUAGCCGCUGCAGACCACUGGGCUUCAUAGUGUCUGCCUCCAUGGAGCACACCCAGAUAUUGCUGAGCUGUGGAGCUGACAGUGUGGCUUGUGUGGAUGGACUCCCUUAGCAACAGUUAUUAGAAAAGACACACUAUCCAACCUAAGAACAUUUCUCAUUAAAAGCACAGUAAUGGU